UCAGUUAUUUUAGGAGUUCGUUUUGUUCUACUCGAUUCUAGGAUUUACUAGUCACCGGUUUGUUCGCUGCGCCCAUCUAAUUGGUGCUCCGCUAGUCCGUGAUUCGAUUGGGUUCGUCCUCAGCACGGAAUAUCGAUUUGAGUGGGAGCCGUAGCUGUGGGACUUGGUCUCUGAAAUUACAUGUUCUUGAGGCGGAUUGAGGAAUUAGGAAUCGCGGUGUUGGACUGUUUGCGGACCACUGAAAAUUUCAAAAUGAAGAUUCCAUUUCAGUUCACCUGGUGACCUGGCCCAUCUCCAGUGUCCACGAUUAAUGGCGCCAUCGAUCUCAUUAAGACAGCCUCAACGAAUUUCUAUAUUGCAUAACAAUGCAUAUACAAGAAUUCCUCUAGUUAAAACGUCUUGCUUGGGGAUGAAGAGUGCUCCCGGAUCAAACGCCGUUACAUCUUCACUACCAAGUCAUGAAGGUGCUAAAGUUAUCCAGCCUGUUGUCAAAAUGUGUGGCAUCACAUCGGCCAAAGAUGCUGAAAUUGCUUUGGAGGCAGGAGCUAAACUAAUUGGCAUGAUACUUUGGCCUAACUCUAAACGCUCCGUCGCAUUACCAGAAGCAAAAGAAAUUUCAAGAGUAGCACAAUCUUAUGGGGCUGAAUCAGUUGGUGUUUUUGUGGAUGAUGACGAAGAGACAAUUUUAAGAGUGUCUGAUUCAUGUCACCUUAAUUUAGUCCAGCUCCAUGGGGAUGAAUCCCGUUCAUUGCUUCAUGUGCUUUCAAGGGAUAAACGAAUCAUUUAUGUCCUAAAUGCUGAUGAUGAUGGAAAACUGAUUAAUGCUCCUCCUCAUGAAGAAUGUGUGCUUGACUGGUUCUUAGUGGACAGUGCGAAAGGCGGAAGCGGCAAGGGAUUCAACUGGGAGAAAUUUCAGAUGCCAUCUGUUAGAUGCAAGAAUGGAUGGCUAUUGGCUGGAGGCCUUCAUCCUGAUAAUGUUUGUGAGGCAGUGUCUGUUCUGAAGCCAGAUGGACUCGAUGUUAGCAGUGGCAUUUGUACCGCUGAUGGAAUUCGAAAAGACCCCGAGAGAAUUUCUUCUUUCAUGAGCAACGUAAAAUCCCUGAGCAGAUCAUAAGGAUAUUUGUGCGUUUGGAGCAUAAUUUGUCUAGUCGGCUCACCAUGCGGAUACUGAACGACUUGCGUUGAAAGCUAGUCGUUUGACAUAGCAGUGAUAAACACCGUUGAGGUUAAAGGCGCAGCAGUACCAGUGAAGACUAAUCUUUCUAUGUAUUAGAAGUUAUUUGGUACAUAUUCAUCUGUCUGGUUACUGCGUGGGUAGAAGAUAUUUCGUUACUUCGGUGA